UGGAACUUUGACUGAAGAGAGAGAAAGAGAGAGGAACCGUGCAGCUUUCGGCGUUCUUUCUCUCCUCUCUUUCCAGAUUUCUAGCCAACACUUCGAUGUCCAUUUCUCACUCUUCACCUAUAUUUAUAUUAUCUAUAUCUAUAUACAGCUAUUUCUCCCAGUCCUAUAUAUAUGUAAUACAGAAACGACAUUGAUUUUUGUUCCAACCGGCAAUUGCUGUCUCUCUUCUUCAUACAUACUUGACCAUUCCGCCAAAUCCAGCCCCAUUUCUCUUUCCUCUUUUGUCGGUGAUUUGUGAUUAGGUCAAUUUGACGUUAUGGAAGUGAAUUGAAGGCUUAUUCUAGGCUUGGUUGAGCUUGAUUUGGGCAUCUUCUAUGCUGUCUAUUUAAUACAAAAUAUGGGCUUACUAUGCAGCAGGAACCGUCGUUACAGUCAAGCGGACGCCGAAGAGAAUGCGCAAGCAGCAGAAAUUGAAAGGAGAAUUGAACAAGAAACAAAGGCGGAGAAGCAUAUUCAGAAACUUCUGUUGCUUGGUGCUGGCGAGUCAGGCAAGUCCACAGUUUUUAAGCAGAUAAAGCUUUUGUUCCAAACUGGCUUUGAUGAGGCAGAGCUCAAGGGCUACAUCUCAGUCAUCCAUGCCAAUGUAUAUCAGACAAUAAAACUAUUGCACGAUGGAUCCAAGGAGCUGGCUCAAAGUGACACAGAUUCCUCGAAGUAUGUUUUGUCCAAUGAAACUAAGGAGAUUGGAGAGAGACUAUCAGAUAUUGGAGGCAGGUUGGAAUAUCCACGUCUUACCAAAGAGCUUGCACAGGACAUAGAGACUCUAUGGAAAGAUCCAGCAAUUCAGGAAACUUAUGCUCGUGGUAAUGAACUCCAAGUUCCUGACUGUGCCAACUAUUUCAUGGAAAAUCUGCAAAGAUUGUCCGAUUCAAAUUAUGUUCCAACAAAGGAGGAUGUUCUCUACGCAAGAGUUCGCACAACUGGUGUCGUAGAGAUUCAAUUCAGUCCGGUAGGGGAAAAUAAGAAAAGCGGUGAAGUAUAUAGGCUUUUCGAUGUUGGAGGCCAGAGAAAUGAGAGACGAAAGUGGAUCCAUCUCUUUGAAGGUGUUACUGCAGUAAUAUUUUGUGCUGCCAUUAGCGAGUACGAUCAAACACUUUUUGAGGAUGACAACAAGAACCGAAUGAUGGAGACCAAAGAACUCUUCGAAUGGGUCCUAAAGCAACCUUGUUUUGAGAAAACGUCCUUCAUGCUGUUUCUAAACAAGUUUGAUAUAUUCGAAAAGAAGGUUCUAAAGGUGCCUCUUAAUGCUUGCGAAUGGUUGAAAGAUUAUCAGCCAGUAUCCACAGGAAAACAAGAGAUUGAGCACGCAUACGAGUUCGUGAAGAAGAAAUUCGAGGAGUUGUAUUUUCAGAGCACUGCUCCGGAUCGUGUGGACAGGGUCUUCAAGAUCUACAGAACUACGGCGCUUGAUCAGAAGCUCGUGAAGAAGACUUUCAAGCUUGUCGACGAGACUUUGAGGCGGAGAAAUCUCUUCGAGGCUGGCUUGUUGUGACGGGGUUGGGGGCAUCACUUUCUCGGGAAAAUUGGAAAGGAAAAAGAAAUUUGUGCUUUGGAAGAACUACUUCAUGAGAUUUUUAGCACUUUGAUUCCUUGAUUUUUAGCAUUUAUUUAAUUUCAAUUAAAAAAAAUCUUGUUUGUUCAGUAUACGGAGGCUUUUA